AUGUUGAAGGUUCAUGUCCAAACAGCAGGCAGCAGUACAACGUCUGUCGGCCUGAUCCGAUCUCAAGGGAGCGCCGACCACCUGCGCCCAGGCACCAGCACAGACCUCACCCCUGACCCCACACUUUUCCCCUGCUCCCACCUGCAUGCUCCAGUCCCUUCUGCCCUGUUCCUGUUCUCCCCUACUGCCCUGCUUCCAUCCCUUUCCACUUGUUCCCAUUCCUACUGCCCUGUUCCCUGCCCCUUGGGCACUGUGUCGGAGCCAGCAAAGGCAGCCCCACAAGAAAUCCACCCUUGUCCUGCUGGUGGCCAAGCUCAGCCCUUGCGGAGCCGAGGACGCAAAGGACUGCUUUUGCAGAGUAAGGAGCCGGUGGGUGCCAAGGCAGGCGUGGGGCCGGGUCUGUGCCCAGACCCUACAGGCAGGGAGCACGGCCGCUCACCCCUGCCCUCUCUGCUCUGGCAGGUCCUGAAGCCGCUACCGCCCCGCAAGGCGCUGAAACGAAGAAGGCAGAGGAUCCUCCGGCUGCAUGAGCCAGCCUGUCAGAGCUGGCUAUUCCAACACAUGUGGGAGCUGGAGGAAGAAGCCACCAGCAGGACCCAAGUGGGGCUGCAGGAUGAACCUAUGGAGGUGGAUGUGGUGGUGGAGGAGGAUGAAGCAAUGGAUACCAACUGA